AACAGGAAACUCCGUCGAUCUUUUCGACACUUUAACAGCAGUGGGAGAAGCCGAGCGUGAGGCUAGGCAUAACUGAUUGAAUUUUCUCUUUAUUUUUAAUCAACCAUGGCCGUCAAGGCAUUCGAUUGAUAACUGACACCCUCCGUUUUUAUUUUUUUAAACUUUAGAAACUCCAGCUCCUGGAAAACUCCCGUUUUAAAAGGCUGUGCGCGUGUGUGAAAAGAGUUGGGCGUGAGACGUCGGGGUGUCUCCCUCUUUUGAACCACUUGUGCAUGAUAUUUCUUUAUUUCCUCCAUUUUUUCGCUGCUUCGACUUCUUAUAUCGUUUGAAAGCGUUUUAAACUCCAAAAAGAUGGGGUGCACCCUGAGCUCGGGCGACAAGAGCGCCCAGGAGAGGAGUAAAAUGAUUGACAAAAACCUGCGGGAUGAUGGAGAGAAAGCGUCGCGAGAGGUCAAGCUGCUGCUGCUGGGGGCUGGUGAAUCUGGGAAGAGUACAAUUGUCAAACAGAUGAAAAUCAUCCAUGAAGCAGGCUACUCAGAGGAUGAGUGCAAACAGUACAGAGCUGUGGUCUACAGCAACACUAUCCAGUCCAUCAUCGCCAUCAUAAGGGCCAUGGGCCGCCUGAAGAUUGACUUUGCGGAUGCUGGGCGGGCUGAUGACGCUAGGCAGCUGUUUGUUCUGGCCGGCUCUGCAGAUGAGGGAUACAUGACAAGCGAGCUGGCUGGGAUCAUCCAGCGGCUGUGGAAGGAUGGAGGCGUGCAGGCUUGUUUCAGUCGCUCCAGAGAGUACCAGCUCAAUGACUCUGCCUCAUAUUACCUGAAUGACCUAGACAGAAUAUCCAGUCCUUCUUAUGUCCCAACUCAGCAGGAUGUCCUGAGGACCAGGGUGAAGACUACUGGUAUUGUGGAGACCCACUUCACUUUCAAGGACCUUCACUUCAAAAUGUUUGAUGUGGGCGGCCAGAGGUCCGAGAGGAAGAAAUGGAUCCACUGCUUUGAGGGAGUGACCGCCAUCAUCUUUUGCGUGUCUCUCAGCGACUACGACCUCGUCCUGGCUGAAGAUGAGGAAAUGAACCGAAUGCAUGAGAGUAUGAAGCUGUUUGACAGCAUCUGCAACAACAAGUGGUUCACGGACACCUCCAUCAUCCUGUUUCUCAACAAAAAGGAUCUGUUUGACGAUAAGAUCAAAAAAAGCCCGCUUACUAUUUGUUUCCCUGAGUAUACUGGAUCCAGCACGUAUGAGGACGCGGCCGCUUACAUUCAGUGCCAGUUUGAGGACCUGAAUAAGAGGAAGGACACCAAAGAGAUUUACUCCCACUUCACCUGCGCCACCGAUACCAAGAACGUGCAGUUCGUCUUUGAUGCCGUCACUGACGUCAUCAUCAAAAACAACCUUAAGGACUGUGGGCUCUUCUAAAACGAGCCAUCUCACUGUGUGACGCGAGUGGCCUGACGUGAAACCUUUGGGGAGAACCAGAGUUAGGAGGAAGGUCAACCAUGAACCUGAAUGUUGAAUGCGUUACUUAACUUUAUAUUUAUGUUCUCCGAACAUUUUAGAUUUUUUUUUUUUAGGGCGUUUUAGGGGAAAAAAAGCAUUUUGUGUAAAAUAUUUGUACAACUGUAAUUGUUGCUGGAAUUUUUCACCGUUUUAAGACGUUGACUUUACAGGUCUUUUUUAAAGGGUAUUUUUCAUUCAAAGGGUUUUGGGGAACAUUUUUCUGUCUCUACUCUGAAUAUUAAGGUCAUGUGCCUUGCAGUUAUUGCUGCAGUGCUUCCCCCCUCUUCAACCAAGUUAAAUAUGAGCCAGUUGAUAUUUAUCCACACAGCUAUUAUCUCUUCAAUAGUAGUUUAGACCAUUGAAAGCUAGAUAUUUUUAAGACCAAACUCCUGUGGGUGAUCUCAGAGCUGUGAAUUUUAAAUGGUGAGUCAGAAUAGCUUAUCCGAGAACAGCCGUCAUUACCAGCACAGUGUGUGCAUAUUAUGUCAGAUUUGCCUGUGAUUGGAAUGAUGGAAAAGCUGUGGUGAGCCCUGAAAUUUGCUGAUGAAUUGGUUCCUCUGCACCUGCAAAUCAUGAACAGUUUUAAUGGAGAACUCCGCAAAAGGUCAACAUUUUGCAUUAAUAGGCAUUUUUACUGAUCAAAGGGAACCACUUUUGAAUACAUUAAAAGGGACCAAAGAAUUUCUCCUUACAAUUCCUGUAACGCUUUUCAUUUUUGCACUAGGUCCACAUAUACCCAUGUUACGUAACAAAUUAUUUGACAACCUGUAGAAUGUAAUGUUUCAUAGAAGCCUUCAGUAGGAGCACAAACGCCUUUUCUGAUAGUAACACGAUCAAUUAAAUGGUUUUUAAACUACACAUCCCUUAAAUGUAAGUUCUUAUUGGAUGGGAACAAAUGUUGACUAAUAUCCACUAUUUUGCUAAUAAAAAUGCUGUUGAAAUGGCGGCAUCCUGAAAUAAGA